AGAUGUGCUUUGUGUUUAGACUAGAAAAUACCCUUGCUACAAUUACAUAAAGCCAUUUCAUUGUGUAUGGGAGAGUGCAACAGUUUUUGGGUAGGAUUUUGUUAACUGGAUUAGUAAGAUUAAGAUUUAACCCUCCACUCAGGACCAAGAUGUGAAAAUAAUCAGUGAGCUCGUCUGUGCCUUGUGUAUAUAAGGAUCCUAGACAGAAGAGAAACGCAUAACUGCAACUUCAUUGAAGCUUAACCUCUUGCUUUGUUCCUGAAAAGAAAUGGACUUCCAUAUGCUGGCCCUUGUGGUGGUGCUCCUGGCAGGUCUGGAGCAGAGUUGGGCUGCCUCCUGUGUGGUGGACAGCUUCAAUGUCAAGGAGGACUUUGACCCCAAGAGAUACGCAGGGAAGUGGUACGCUCUGCAGAAGAAGGACCCUGAGGGACUGUUCCUCCAGGACAACAUCUCAGCUGAGUACACCAUCGGUGACGACGGCUCCAUGGUCGCCGCCUCCAAGGGACGUGUCACACUUUUUGGAUUCUGGGUUGUGUGCGCUGACAUGGCUGCCCAGUACACUGUGCCAGACUCUGCCAACCCUGGAAAGAUGUUCAUGAACUACCAGGGCCUGGCCAGCUAUCUGUCCAGCGGAGGUGACAACUACUGGGUGAUUGACACCGACUAUGACAACUAUGCCAUCACAUAUGCCUGCCGUACCCUGAAGGACGAUGGAAGCUGUGAGGAUGGCUACUCCCUGAUAUUCUCCCGUAACCCCCGUGGCCUGCCACCAGCCAUCCAGAGGAGCAUUCGUGCCAAGCAGGAAGAGAUCUGCAUGGCCGGACAAUUUGAGCCCGUGCUGCAGUCUGGAGCUUGCUGAAUGUCUACUAUGAAGGAACUUGUGCUGCCAAGGGAUCCCUACAACAUGCUGGCUUGGACAGAGAUAUUUACUGAUGACUGAAGAGGGAAAUCGCAUAAGAUUUUUUUUAUAUAAAAAUUAUAUUAUGCCACUCAUGUACAGUACCAGUCAAAAGUUUGGACACCUACUUUAUUU